AUGUUGCUCUUCGUUGAGGUGACAUCUAAAGGCACUGGUUUAAAUCUUAAUGCCAAAGUAUGGCAAGAAAUUCCUUCUGGAAAUCCGGAUGGCACUCCUGUAACUGAACCCUCUUGGCAUGAAACUGCAGCCACAUAUGGAUCUCACCCUGAGGGCAAUACAGAACUUUCAGAAGAUAUGUGUAAGGAAUAUGAAGUAAUGUAUUCUCCAUCUUGUGAAACCACAAGAAAUACUGCAGACGUUGAAGAGUCCGCUGAUGGGAUGAUCUUAGGACCUGAAGACCUGAGUUACCAACUAUAUGAUGCUCCUGGAGAAAGCAGUUCAGCAAUUUCUACAGAAGAUUUAAAAGAAUGUCUGAAAAAACAAUUGGAAUUAUUUUUCUCACGAGAAAAUUUAUCAAAGGACCUUUACUUGAUAUCUCAAAUGGAUAGUGAUCAGUUCGUCCCAAUAUGGACAAUUGCCAACAUGGAAGAAAUAAAAAAAUUGACUACAAAUACAGAUUUAAUUCUUGAAGUAUUGAGAUCUUCCCCUAUGGUACAAGUUGAUGAGAAGGGAGAAAAAGUGAGGGAUGAUGACAGGAUCCCAAGACCGCAACCUGCAGCAACUGAAGCCAAGGCUCCAACUCCGAAGUUUGACUUACUUGCUACAAAUUUCCCUCCUUUACCUGGAAGCUCAUCGAGAGCGCCAGAUGAACUUGGUUUGGAGAAUAGAAUGUCUGAUGUCGUUAAAGGUGUCUACAGAGAAAAGGACGGUGAGGACCUGAGAGUUAGUUGCCCAGUGCCUGCAGAGGACGGACAGACAGACUGCACUUCUGCGCCNCUCAGCAUAAGUCCUAGUCCUCCAUGUACAGCUGAGCCUCCUGUGUUAAGCACAACUCAGCAAGAGAAGGAUCAAAUGGAGGACUCUGUUGUUCCAAAGGACAUUCUCAACCCAGUAGCUGUGCCAGUGUCUUCUCCAACUGCUACCAAGCCAUCAAGGGCAAAUACUGCUUCACCUUGUCAGAAGCCUCCUAAAGAGCCAUCUCCAGUUCUCGUACAGCCGCUGCGGGAACUCCGGUCCAAUGCAGUAUCUCCCACCAGAAAUGAAGAGAACGGAGCUCCCGAGAAGCCGCAUGAGAAACCAGAAACAAGGGCUAGUAAGGAUCAUUCUGGCUUCCGAGGCAACACCAUUCCCAGGGGAGCGGCUGGAAAAAUCAGGGAACAGAGACGCCAGUUCAGCCAUAGGGCUACACCUCAGGGAGUGACUCGACGNAAUGGGAAAGAGCAAUGCGUGCCACCCAGAUCACCAAAGUAAAAACACAGCCGUACAAAAAGUACUCCGAAGCUUCUCCUCCCACUACACCUGAGCCUCUGUUGAACUGUUUGAGGGGAGGAAGUGGCCAGGAAAGGAUGGGAAGUGUGUCCUAGAUAGUACGGAGUUUGACUUUGCGAGUAGGAAGAGCCCAAAAUUCAUCUCUAAAUGAUUUUCAAAUGCUGGAGGAUUCCAAUCAGUAUAAAUAUAUAUACACACA